AUCCUAUGACGAUUAGGCACGUUAUUAAGACAUUGCACUUUUCCUCGGACAUGGGCGUGACUGAUUCUCUGUAAUAUGUUGCCUUGAAGGGGUGGUCAUAAGGAAUAUCUAGGCAAAUGGCACACGCUAUCCAGCUGAACGUUAAGCGCCUACAAAUUCCCCGGCUUUACACGCUACUGCGAUGGCUGUUCCUGAUAGUUAUCGCCAUCAGCACCGCGCUCGUAGGCUUCCUACAGAGUAUGCUUGUCUCAAGCCUGUAUGGCCUCCGGAGUCAGUUUAUCUUUUCUAUUGUGCUGCUGAAUGAGAAUGUCUUCGUCAAAUUUCUACAAUACACAGCCUUUAAUCUAUUGUUAGCUUUCCUCUGCUGCUUCUUUAUGUGGAUUAUCUCGCCAGCGGCGUCUGGCUCUGGUAUUCCCGAUGUUAAAGCUUAUUUGAAUGGCGUUGAGAGUCCCAUAUUCAAAAACUUUUUCACUCUGAAAACUUUCGUUGCGAAGGUCAUUUCUAGCGCGCUGGCAGUGUCAUCCAGCCUGGUCAUGGGCAAAGAGGGACCUAUGCUGCACGCCGGGUCCAUUUUGGCUGUGGUUCUUGGCAGCAACAAAUGGAUGCAGCAGCAAAUGGAGGUUGCCGCACACUGGGGCACAUACACAUACAACAAGGAGCAGCGCGACCUGGUGGCAAUCGGUGCCGCUUGUGGUGUGACGACGGCUUUCAAGGCGCCGGUUGGUGGCGUGCUGUUCGCCAUGGAGAUGUCCACUCGCUGGGGCAAGGAAAUCAUGUGGCGCUGCUUCCUGGCAUGUGCCAUCACCAUCGUGGUGGUGCGUGAGGCCGUCAAUAUCUGCAGCACGCACGGGCACUGCAAGUCGCUGCAGUGGGGCUCCCUCAUCUGGUUCAAGCUGCAAUUCCCUACCCCUUAUGAGCAAAUAUGGGCAAUCAUCCUGCUGGCUGUGGUGGGCGGCUAUCUAGGCUGCCUAUACAUCUCCUUCAACACCUGGGUGUGCGUCGUGCGGAAAAAAUGGACCAAGUUCAUGUGGGCGCGUAUCGCUGAGGUGUGUGCAAUCUCGGUGGCGACCUCCACCCUCUUCUUUUUCAUGCCGGUUGCGGGACGCUGCAAGAGCUGCGACAGCAAGACUGACGUCGUCUGUCUCACGGGUGGCGCGCAGUUCAGGACUUUCCAGGGCUUCCACUGCCAUACCGACCAUCAUUACAACGACCUGGCCACUUUGGUAUUCAACCCCCAGGGCUAUGUGACACAAGCGCUUUUCCAGGGCCAUUCGGGCGCUUUCUCCUUCACCUCCAUGUUGCUGUACGGUGUUAUCUACUGGCUGAUGGCAGGCAUCACCUACGGCGCGUUCAUCCCCUCGGGGCUGUUCACACCGUCCCUAAUCUUCGGCGGCCUGCUAGGCCGGAUGUGGGCUGAGGCGCUCGUUGCCAUGCACGUUGCGGAUGUCAACGCGGUGGGCUUCUACGCGCUGCUAGGUGCAGCAUCCUUUUUGGGAGGCCUUAUGCGCAUGUCUGCGGCACAGGCGCUCAUCCUGAUGGAGAUGACCCAGUCGCCAGCCAUGCUGCCAUUCCUUAUGCUGGUCCUCGUCAUAUCUAAGAACGUGGGCGAUUGCUUUAACUAUGGCGUCUUUGAGCACCAGAUGAUGCUCAAGAACUUGGCGUUUGUGGGCCUGGCGGAGAACAACAGCAAGAAGUUCCACAUCAACGCCUCCGACAUAAUGAAGCGAAACGAUGGGAAGGGCGAUACGCUGUACACCGUGGAGCCCGGCUGCGUGUUGGCGGAGGCGCUGGACACCUUCCGGGACAGCGCGGCAUUCCCUGUCACAACCAUCCCACCUGACCCAGAGGACAAGAACUCCAAAGGUAAUUUCGUGGGCAUGAUUAGCCGGCGCAACGUGGCGCAGCUGGUUGACGACUACGGGGUGGACGCGGAUGCCAUCGACCUGACUUCCAAGGUGGAGGUGGCGCCCAUUCUCAUUCCACCCAACAUGCCGCUACCCUUCAUCUAUAGGAUUGUGAAUGCGGAGGGCUUCAACUACGUGCCGGUCAUCCGCUGGAAUGGGCCGCUGGAGGGCAUGGUCAGUCGCGCGGAACUGGUGGAGGUGCAGAAUGCGCAGCUCGACCAGUUCCACCUCAAGGAGCAGAUUGAAAAGAUGGCGCACGAGAUCGACCAGGGCAAGAUCAUUGGCUCCAUGCACCUUGACAAUAACAUCCAUGCGCAGGCCUUCAAGCACAUAUUUUCAAACCCGGUGGCGGCAGUACGAGAGGUAUUAGACAAGGAUGACAAGCCCAUGGAGGUCGCGGACACCUUUUACCUGGCAGCAGAUGACAAAAGCUACUCAUCACGACCGUCGGACGUGGCGCGCUUGCACUCCAGCGGCCACGACGCCUCGUUGAGAAUGCGAUCGCGAAUGUCGCUGGACCCCCUCGGACGCGCCGCGGCGGGGCCGCCGUCCAAAAGUGUGAACGGCGAAGACUCCGUAGCCAAGGGCCACACCACGCAGGGCGACAAUAAUAGUUACCGCAGGGACGCAGCAGACAGCGGUGCUGGUAGCUUCACGGAUAUCGAGAUGGGCGGCAACACCUCUGGUGUGACCACGGAUGCCGGAAUCGGUGUGGCGACUGGGGUUCAUCAGGUUGGCGGCACGGGUGAUGACCGCGACGGCCGAGGUGACGGCGGCGCCAAUGACGAACGGACACCGCUGACGGGGGGCUUGCCGAAGUCCUCCGGCAACAAAUGAUGCCAUGCGACGGCUUCAGCAAUUACGUGAAAUUCCGGAAGAAUAAAUGUUCGUGCUCUGGUAUUCGCAUGAAAACCUGCGGGAAAGGGCUGCUUGGGCAAGUGGUCGCCAUGUCGGACGGGUCUCAGCAACUAAAGCGUGGGUUCAAAGGUUAGAGAUGCAGGCGCGGCAUGCAAAUGUAGUUCAUCAAGGUUAGGCGCAGUUGAGCAGCAGACUUUGCCGGCCACAGCAGGGCAGUGGACGGUCAAGAAGUCAGGGUUUGCCAUGGGAGCAGCCGUUGCGUCGUUGCAGUGAGAGGGGCGGACGGCAUCGCACAGUCGGCCAGGUGAGGGGCUGCAGUGCGGGACCAACGGAAUGGUUGGUUAUUGGUCUUCUUAUUCGCUUGAGCACCAAAGCCGGUGAAUCUAUAGGCGCUGCGCCUGCAAGUACGGUCAGAGGCGUUUUGUUGAGUGGUGGUAGGUGAGCAUCAACACCUUGGUGUCAUCGGCCUUAUUGUCAAAACAAAUGUAAUGUGUGUUUGUAUU